AUGUGUUUUGGAAGGAAACCCGUGGACCCCAAGUCCAGGAAAAAUGAGGACAUUGAGAAGAAUCUCCGCUUGGACAGGAAGAGGGCGGAGCGCGAAGUGAAGCUCCUGCUGCUUGGUGCUGGUGAAAGUGGAAAGUCGACGGUGCUGAAGCAGAUGCGUAUCAUCAACGCUGGUGGAUUUGGAAAGCAUGAGCGACAGACAUGGCGUGCGACCAUCUUUAACAACCUGGUCUCUGCCUUCCAGACCAUCUACGCUGCGAUGCAGGAGGACGACACAGACUUCGAGGACGAGGAGUGCAUUGUACGUCUCUACGCGCUUGGCAAAUUUUGGCGUUUCUCCGAGAUGGUCAACUCUGCGCCGGACAUUGGCACAGAAGAGCCUAUGCCUGAGGACUUUCUGCACGCCUUCAACGCCCUGUGGGCUGACAAGGGCGUACAAUUGACGAUCCUGAAGGGCAACCAAUAUGCGCUGCACGACAACUUGAGCUACUUCUUCCAAGACAUCGACCGCCUCUUCAUGCCGGACUUCCUGCCCACAGACCAAGACAUUCUGCGCACACGACUACGAACGACCGGUAUCUCCGAGACGAUCUUCGAGCUGGGCAAUCUCACAUACAAGAUGGUCGAUGUCGGCGGUCAGCGGUCAGAGCGAAAGAAGUGGAUACACGUCUUCGACAACGUACAGGUCGUGCUCUUCUUGGUCGCCAUCAGUGGUUACGAUCAUGUCCUGGUCGAAGACAGGAAUGGCAACCAAAUGCACGAAGCACUGAUGCUCUUCGAAUCCAUAUCGAAUUCGAAAUACUUCGAGAAGUCGGCCCUUAUUCUGUUCCUUAACAAGAUCGAUCUGUUCCGCGAAAAGGUCGCUGGUGGCAUGAGCCCUAUCGACAUGGUCUUCCCUGAUUACACCGGAGGACCAAAUGACAUAGACGCAGGGCAGGAGUUCUUCGCCAACAAGUUCCGCAACCUGGUACGACAGCCAAAGAAGGAGGUCUACGUCCACUACACCAACGCCACAGACACAGAUUUGCUGAAAAAGACGAUGGCGUCAGUCCAGGACAUGAUUGUCCAGCGCAACCUUAACGCACUGAUACUCUGA